CCCGCGCAGGCCCCGUACGGCCGCGCUGCCAUGGCGGCAGUGGAUGGCGCGGAGGAUUCCGCCGCCAGCCCCGCGCUCUGGGCAGAGGUACGGGCGCUGCUACCCAACACCGAGGAGGCGCUGACCUUGGCGCUGAGCGGCGAGGUGGAGGACUGCAUCCCGCCCCUGCUGCGGCGCGCGCGCGGGCUGCUCUAUGGCGCGGAGGGACGGCCGUGUGAGGCGACGGCGGCGACGCUGCGGCGCCUCGGCGACGUUCUGCGCGACUACUCCUGGGAGAAGCUGAACGCGGGGCCGUGGCGGGAGAUCAGCAAGGCCUGGCGCCAGGUGUACACCUACGGCUGCCUCUUUGGGGCUCUGGCCGAGGUCGCUGCCGGCAGCCCGCUGGCGCCCGCCGUCCGCCUCUGCGACAUGGGGCUGCUCAUGGGCGCCUCCGUUCUGGACAACGUCCUCGCCCGUCUCGUCCGCGUCCUGCAGAUGCGGCUGCCCCGCGCGAAGCGGCGCCUCUCGCCUGAGGGCAGCGCCAAGAGGGUCCGGAUCGACUGCCGUCCAGCCCCUGUUGUGCCGCCGGAAGAUGCACUCCCACACCUUUACUGCCCUUCGCUGGAACAUUUUAGAGACAACUAUCUAAUUCCACAGAAGCCUGUAGUGUUAGAGGGAACUAUUGAUCACUGGCCGUGUAUGAAGAAGUGGAGCGUGGACUAUUUUUGUCAAGUCGCAGGGUGCCGCACAGUCCCCGUGGAGUUGGGUUCCCGAUACACAGAUGAAGAAUGGUCUCAGAAGCUCAUGACUGUCAGUGACUUCAUCAACCAGUAUAUUGUGAAUGAGAACAGUGUAGGAUACCUUGCGCAGCACCAGCUUUUUGAUCAGAUCCCAGAAUUGAAAGAAGAUAUCAGGAUCCCUGACUACUGCUGCCUGGGGGAAGGAGAAGAAGAUGACAUCACCAUUAACGCUUGGUUUGGCCCAGAAGGCACUGUCUCACCUCUUCAUCAGGAUCCACAGCAAAACUUUUUAGUUCAGGUGUUUGGAAGGAAGUAUAUCCAGCUGUAUUCACCACAAGAUUCAGAAAACCUGUACCCCCAUGAAAGCCACAUUCUUCACAACACUAGUCAGGUUGAUGUCGAAGAUCCUGACUUAGUUAAGUUUCCCAAUUUCAGAAAGGCUGCAUUUCAGUCCUGUAUUCUGAUGCCUGGACAGGUUCUGUUUAUUCCAGUUAAAUAUUGGCACUAUGUACGAUCGCUCGAUAUCAGCUUCUCUGUCAGUUUCUGGUGGUCAUAGCUCUGAAGCAUGCAGAAAGUCUGUUAGCAUUGUAACAGGAACUAAAAUUCAGAAACAAGUAGCAUCUGGCAUCUUCUCAGAAAAGAAUUCCUUUUAAGCGUGAGACUGUUCUUCACUGUCCAGAGGUUAGAGGUGGAUUAAAAAAAACAAAACAAAAGCCCACACACUCUUGCUUCAGUACGGUGAAAGAAUUGGGAUGGGUAAAUGGAAAGAAGAUGCUACAGCCACUUUAUUUUUGUACAUCUUUCUGAUAUGGACUCGGAGAGCAUCUCUUAGGUCAUCUUGUGUGUGUGUGUGUACAUCUGAACUACCUUCAUGUACAGGCACUGCUGGGACUCUUACUUCAAAUUGUGUUAUCAUCAGCUUAGUGCUCUUUUCUACUUCGAUGUAAUAAAGUAAACAUUGGGAGUUUUAUAAAAAGUGAGGGAUGAUGCUACCCAAAGGCCCAAGACAGUAAGAUGCUAAUCUGUAUGGAAGAACUUACAGGUGUUAAGGCCUAGGAACAUCAUUCGUUGUAGUUAAUCUGUAUGUUUAAUUGCAGUUAAAUAAACAGAAACUUAAUCAUACUUUGAUUAACAAUCAGCUCAGCUGCUGACAGGCUGCUUUCUGCAGUGUCACACAUUUCUACUGAGGAAAAGAUAGGCUGCUGUUUCAUCCUGGUAUCUGGCAAAUCUAGUCCUUGUCGUUUUUUUCAGGUCACUCUUAAAGAAGCAUCCUUACAUAAAACUGGAGAGUGAAGGGCUAAUGCUCAAAACUAAAAGAAUCUUAAGAUGAUACCUUUAUUUUUUUCUCCCCCAAACACUUUGCAGACAGAAUCUGGCACUGCCCCAAAAGUCUUGUCCUACUCUUUUCCAAUUGCUUUGGCAAUUGGAACAUUCCCUUUCUUACUGACCAUAGCUGACUGUGACUUGCGCUCACAGCAGAACUCUUCUGUGUCUAAAUGUCUAAACCCACCUAGGAACAAAGGACCACGACUAGCUCUAAGUACCAAGGGCCUUUGGUACCCCCUAAGGGCAGGGAGGGCUCAGUUGUGUUUAUGGUCCAGGCAAAAUGGACAAGACUACUCAGCUUGUGGAAGAAAACAGAAAUCAAUCCACUGUCAUGGUUUGACGUGACAGCCUUUUCUGGUAAUGGGGAAGGAGCUGUAAAGAUAGCUCCUGUAAGAAGUUGCUCGCAACUCUCCCCAGCUCUGAGCCAGACCCACUUAUGGGGCUGAGCCAAUUAGACACCUCCAUGAUCACUUUUUAAGAAGAAGCCAGAAGAGGAGGUUUCUUCCUCCAUCUUCUUCCUUCUUCUCUGCCUCUUCUUUUAUUUCUGGCUGGUGGUGGUGCAAGGAGUAGGAACAGUGAGAGAAACAACCAUGUGGACUCCAAGGUCAGUUAUGAAAGAGAGGAGGAGGUGUGCUGGAGCAGAGACUCCCCUGCAUUCUGUGGAGAGAGCUGGUGAAGCUGAGAUUUAUUUUCAUUUCUUUAAAGACCCCGCAUCGGCGGUAGAGACUCAUUUUGGUAAUGAGCCCGUAUCAGGGGCAGAGACUCAUUCUGCUAAAGCUGACCCCAGACCAGGGGCAGUGAUUCACUUCAUUAAAGGCCCCGAGCCAGGGACAGUGACUAUGGCUGGAGGAGGCCGUGUCCCGUGGGGGGAACCCAACCACUUCACUGCAGAUCCCCCCGAGCCAGGGGCAGUGAUUUUCUUCUUUAAAACUAUGGCCGGAGCAGGCCGUGUCCUGUGGGAGGGACCCAAUAUCCACAGCUGUAACUGUGGGGAGGAACCCACAACAAAGCAGCUCAUUAAACUUAUGCCCAGAAGAGGCCUUGUCCCGAGAGAGGGACUCUGUAACUGCAGAAACUGCAACUGUGGCAAAGAAUCCACGCCUGAGAUAUUCACCAAGGACUGUGUCCUGUGUGAGGGACCCUGUAUGGGCAGAAGCCGCAGCUGUUGGGAACAACCCACACCAGAGAAGUUCGUUAAGGACUGUGUCCUGGGGGAGGAACCCCGUGUUGGAGCAGGGGAAGAAUGCCAGGAGUCGUCCUCAUCUGAGAAGACAGAAGCAGCAGAGCCCAGCUGUGAGAGACUGACCGCAUCCCCCACUCCCUGCCCCCCUGAGCCAUUGAGGGGGGAGGAGGUAGAGACAUCUGGAGCAGUGACCUGGGAGGAAAGGAGGGAUGGGGGAGGGAGAUCUUAAAGUGCUGGUUGUAAUUUUCUCAUCAUCCUACUCUCUUUUUGCUUUUAUUCCAUUCUGUUUCUUGUAGAAUAAACUUUCCUACUUUCCACUCUAAGUUGAGUACUGGAGUCUGUUUUGCCCAGAACUGUAAUUUGCAGCGAGCCCUCCCUGCCCUUGUCUUAAUUUACAACAAUCUUGCUUACCUUUUUGCUCCCAUUUCACUGGGUCUUCCGCCAUCCUAACGAGGGUGGGGGUGAAUGGGGGCACCAAGCGAGAGACUGUGGUGGUGCUGCUGUGCUAGCUGGGCCAAACCACGACAUCCACCAACAACCAAAACCAUAAUGAACAGGAAACAACCCAGAGUGGCGGGAUGAUGAAGACUACAACCAGUCGUUUAGGACCACUUUCCCCUCACCCUUCUUUUCUGGGGCUCAGAGCCCUGAUCCUGAUGUCUUUACCUCUUCCCCCAGGCUCAGGGGGGCAGAGAAUGGGGGUUUCAGUCAGUCUUUUCCUGAUAGCUUGUGCCAUUUGUCUCUUCUCAAGGCAGAUGGACUCCUCACAGGUCCUCCCUGCUCCACAGCGCAGGGUCCCUCACACACCAGGCAGCGCUGCACAGGCUGCUGCAACAUGUGUUCAGCCCCAGUGCUGCAGCUCCUCUCUGCCUCCUGUGUGGAUCUCUCGGGCCUGCAGGCUCUCCAGCACAGCCUGCGCCAUGGCCGCCUCCUCACACAGUCUCCUACCCGUCCAGGUGCGCUCACCCAGAGCUGCUGGUGGCUUUCAGUCCUGCCAUUGCCCUCCAUGGGCUGCGGGGGCACAGCCUGCGUUCUCACCAUGGGCUGCAGCGGGGUCUCUGGUCUGGCUGCUGCUCCCCCUGACUGUGGGAUCCAUGUGGUCUCCAUUUUGUACCAUUCCUCCACCUCCUGCUGCAGAUUUCCCUUCUUAAAUAGUAAUAGCAGAGGUGCCAGUUUGGUCCCACCAGGCUGGAGGUGGGUCUGCCUCUGAGCCAGGGGAUGUUUGGAGAGCUGCUUACAAGGGCAGCACUGCAGCCUCCUCUCACGCUUAUCAAGCAAAAUCCAGCUCCACAGAAAUCCAUGACACUAAAGAAGGGACCAAAAUCAAGCAACAAUGCCAGCUGUUCAAACUCUCAUCCUAGAGCAAAUAGCCAGCACUCUUAGUGAGACUUCAAUCACUACCUUGAUUUUUCACCUACUUGAAGGCCUGUUUCAGUUGUGCAAUUGAAACAGUACAGUGUUGUGCUUCGGACCCAGCUGGCAACAAAGCACCUCUCGCUGAACCACCCCCCGGCAUCCACCUUCUCUCUCCUUAUGGUGGCAAAGGCCUCACCAAGAUGGAAAGAAAAAACAAUAACCAAAGACCUUGUGGAUGGAGACAGGGGCAGGGAGGGGGCAG